UCGAACGUAGUGUGCAAUGUCUGCGAAGUUCCAGUUUAUGUUCUCCUAAACAUAGUACUUAGGAAAGAAAUAAUAUAGUUUCUGUGUACUGAUGUUGCUGCGUUAAUUCAAAAUUGCCACACUUUGAAACAGUCCAAUUGAGGACUAUUGUAGGUCCUUUUGACGUUGUCAAAGAUAUGUCCAGUCUUACUGUCUGAGGGGCGAAUCCAUUAUUUAACAUGGCAUCCUGUCUGAGUGAUAUGUGACUACAGUGUGAUAGUAGUGAUGAAAGUUUUUGUCGAGUGCCGUCUGACAAUCGGUGCUCAGAACUUACAGCAGCAAAGUGAAAUAUUGAUGAACUCAAGCUCUGAACCAAUAAAGUGUACAAUGCAUGUACCUGCAUACAUUAAGAGACGGUCGGGACGACCGUUUAGUGUUAAAUCACAGUUUUUUCGGGGAUUUAGAACAGAAACAAAUCAAGGAAAAUCAUCAAAUGAUUGCAGUAUGUAUACCAACUGUAGCAAAGACACUGGCAGGAUCAUCUAACUCUCACAGAAAUUUAUAUGCUAGGCCAUGAGCAAAAAAAGUAUGAGAAGGCACUCCAGUCUCCCAACCAGAGGUUUGUGUGGGAGCCCAUCUAGAAGCAGCAAACUCUGUGGUGCAUUCUGUCUGCUGAUAAAUGGUGGCGGUCAGUGCACGCGUUCUGGACAAUUCAGUGAGUAUUUGUCGCCAAUGGCUUCUGGGAAAAGUACUGGAAGUAUUGGCAGUGCAUCAUCAUCUUCAACUCCACAGCGUUCUCGACCUACAAAACGUCAGCAUUCAGUGGUGCUAAACGGUGUUGGCGGCUCAUUUGAGGAUAAAAGUAGUGAUUAUUUGUGUCCAGUCUGCUUCGAGCUGAUUGAGGAGGCGCAUAUCACAAGGUGUGGACACACCUUCUGCUACAGGUGCAUAUCAAAGUCAGUUGAAUCCUGUGGACGCUGCCCAAAAUGUGGGUUUUCUCUUAGCAGUCGUGAACAAGUGUUCCCGAACUUUUUGUUGAAUGAGCUGGUCUCAAAAUACAAAUCAAAAGUCAUGGGAACAUCAGAGGCUGGUUUAACACGUGACGCUUCAGGUGAAAGCCUUCUAGGUCCUGAUGGGUUACGUGACUUUGUUGCUACAGAGUCACUGAACCUAACACUGCCAGAUGUAAAUGUUAUUUUGGAAGUGCUGACACAGAGAAAACAUUUAUUAGAGGCGGAAUCAUGUGCAGCUCAAAACAAGCUUUUAUAUGAAUUUCUCACACAUUUACUGCAGCAGAAGGAAGAGCAGUUAAGUCAGCUUACACGGGAAGUUGCUCUUAUUAAGCGGGAUAUAGGAGAAGUUGAGAACAUCUUAAAAGAAGUCCACACCAAAUGCCCCAAGUUGGAGAAAGAACCAUCAACUUCAGGCAGCACAUUGGGUCUGAAAAAGGAAUUGUCUUCUGAAGGCCCAGGGAAACUUAGCAAAGAAGAAAGCAUGAGUGAAGCAAUGGGUCCUGAUGGAUUUACUGGCAGCCAGAAGAACUUGGACAGCUCUGCAACAAGUCUGGCACUGCGCCGGAAACGUAUGCAUGCCCAUUUUGAUGAUUUUGUUCAGUGCUAUUUCAAUUCAAGAGCCAAAGAACUUAUGUUUGGUGGCAGUAUGGACAAAUCAUUUGGAGGCAGUAUGGAUAAAUCAUUUGGAGGCAGUAUGGACAAGUCAUUUGGUGGUAGCAUUGACAGAACAGCAAUGCCAUCAUCAGAAAGCCAAGGUCUGAAUGCAUUUAGAGAAAAUUUAGUGAAAUUUUCCCGGUAUAAUUCUUUACGGCCACUUGCAACCCUAAAUUAUUCAAGCGAUAUCUUUAAUAACUCCACAAUUGUGUCUAGUAUUGAAUUUGAUAAGGACAAUGAGUUUUUUGCCAUUGCUGGAGUCACAAAAAGAAUAAAAGUAUUUGAUUAUGGAGCUGUCAUAAGAGACACAGUGGAUAUUCACUAUCCAUGUGUUGAAAUGGUAUCAAAUUCAAAAAUAUCAUGUGUAAGCUGGAAUUCAUACCACAAAAGCACUCUAGCGAGUAGUGAUUAUGAAGGAACAGUUACUGUGUGGGAUGCUGUCAGUGGGCAGCGUGUUAAAACUUUCCAAGAGCAUGAGAAAAGAUGUUGGAGUGUAGACUUCAAUGAUGUCGAUACCCGACUUAUAGCAUCAGGAUCAGAUGAUGCAAGAGUGAAGCUGUGGUCACUAAACAUUGACCGAUCAGUAGCUUCCCUUGAAGCAAAAGCUAAUGUUUGCUGUGUUAAGUUCAACCCUCGCAGCUCCUGCCAUUUAGCAUUUGGAUCUGCUGACCAUUGUGUACAUUAUUACGAUCUGCGCAAUAUGAAGGAGCCAUUAUCAGUUUUUAAAGGUCAUCGCAAAGCUGUGUCAUAUGUUAAAUUUCUCAACAAGGAAGAGAUUGUAUCUGCAUCAACAGACAGUCAGUUGAAGAUGUGGAAUAUUAAUAAUCCACAUUGUCUGCGGUCAUUUGUUGGUCAUAUUAAUGAAAAGAAUUUUGUAGGUCUAGCAACCGAUGGAGAUUAUGUAGCUUGUGGUUCUGAAAAUAACGCCUUGUAUGUUUAUUACAAAGGACUUACCAAACAGUUGUUCAGUUUUAAGUUUGAUGCUGUUAAGAGUGUUUUGGAAAAAGAUAGAAAAGAAGACGAUGUUAAUGAGUUUGUAUCUGCUGUUUGUUGGAGGCAGCAUUCAAAUAUUGUUGUUGCUGCAAACAGUCAAGGUAUCAUAAAAAUUUUGGAGCUAGUGUGAGGUGUACACAAUUUUUAGUUCCUGAGGGUUUAUUGUGUUGUACCUCAUCCUUUUCAGGGGCAAGUGUUUUUGGUGCUUCCAUUAUUGGAUAAAUUAACAUAGUCACAUUUUGGAGGAUCACUGUAAAAUCCAGCAAUUUGAUAUAAUUUUGCUAGUCAGCAUAAAACGAAGUAAGGAACCAGUGUACUUACAAACUUUUUAGGAUGGGUGCAACUGUAAACCCGUACUCUGUGUACUACCCACACAUAUUGCUCAAUUUUGAUGUACUUUGCAUAACUUGCCUCAUGUUAAUUAAUGCAUUAGUGUUUCGGCUGAAACCGGUAAUUUCGUACAUAUAGAUAUUUGCAAGAGGUUGGAAACCUUUUUGAUUGUGUAGUUUUCACACUCUGUAUUCGUUACCAAGCGUUCAUUAAUAAUAUUUUGGAUGUAAUCCAUUAAACGUAUUGUCUGGUGUAUAUGAACUUUAAUAUAGAUUUUGAAAUGUGUUCUAUGUAUUGUAGUGUGUAUUUAUUUCUUUGUGCAUUUUGAGUUGUAGAAAUAUAUUUAUUUUAUUACACAUUUGUUGUCAAUAAUUCCUCUACCUGAUACAAAGAACUUUUGUGUUUUGCAUGGUUUAUUUUGUGUGUUACCUUCAAGUGUCUUGCAAAGUCUGCUGCCUGCCCCCCUUUCCCUCUCACUCUCUCAGCACUAUCAUGAUUAAUGGAAUGUUUAUUUUGCAGAUUUAUCACAGUUUCAAAAGUUAUGCAAAAGAUGUAGUGCUAUGUAUGUAUUUCUGAAUAUCUAGAUUUUUCUGCAUUAAAAUAUAUGUCAUUGUUUGAGACAAAUACCAUUGGUUUUUACAGAUAAGUGAUAAGGUGACUUGAUGAGUUUUCGUUUAUAAGUACUUCAUGUUGUAAGUUCUCUCUCUCUCUCUCUCUCUCUCUCUCUCUCUCUCUCUCUCUCUCUCUCUCUCUCUCUCACACACACACACACACACACACACACACACACACACACACACAAAAUAAGUGCUUCACAGUGAGGGUUACACCAUACUAUUUCAGUCAUAGAAUUUGUGCCAUGAUUGCUGUACUUUUUGCCAUGAUUAUUGUACUUUUUUAAAGUAGUUCAGCAGAAAUAAAUGAAAUGGUUGUGCACAACAUUCUUAAUUCUUAUCUUAGUACAUUUUUGUGCUCUUCCAAAAUGGUACGAUUUUAUCAUCCUGCACAUGUGGAAUAAGGAAGCUUAUCUGUAAUACACAAAUAUUUGUUUCAAACUUUCUGCUUCUAGAUGUUUAUUCUAUACAGUAUUUUCCUUGAAAUA